CUGGAAUGCUAGACUUAAACCAUGGUAAGCAGCGAUUUUGAUAGCAUUUAUACGUCAUAAUUUCAUAGAAGUUUCACGUUUAAAAUAACACUUGCACAGUCUUGGCUAUCAAAAUCUCUGCAGACUUAUCUUGGUCUAACUCUAUCAUUCGAAAAAUCAUUACUUAAAACGCAAAAGUCCACCGUACCAGCUAACGUGAGGAAAAAAUUCAAAAAUGUAUCAAAUUGCUGAUGAUGAAAUGCAACUUUGCUCACUGCUGUCAGUCGUCGACCCGUCAAUUUUUUUUUGUAGUCGAUUGUUGGGUUGUGCAUUAUUUGGCUGUUCAUUAAUACGAUUCGGUGAUUUGACAUUUGUUUGACACACACGUGCACUCGGUCUCGGUGCCCUUGUCAUUUGGAUUUGGCGUCAUGGCGUUCGCGUUGCGUGAAUUAAAAUCGCAUCAAUUAUGAAAUUUGUAUAAAUAUCGUAAAAAUGGUGGUCACAUAUCAUUACCAAGACAUGUUUGAUGAAGCAUUGAAAGCUGAAAGUAUUACUUUACCCGCAUGUAAAGAUCUUGGCUUAAAACUGGAGUAUCUGGAGGUUGAAACAUGUGAUGUUAUCGAGCCUGUCUAUAAGGAAACGCCACCUGCCUUACCCUUUGCGCGUUCAGAAGUAUAUCAAGCUCAAAUAUUGAGUUCUCGUCGCUUAACCUCAGUUAACGCUGACUGCAAGACGGUAUACGAAGUCACGUUUGAUGUAGAGGAGAGUUCUUUUGAGUUCAAAGCUGGAGACACAAUAGGCAUCCUUCCUCGAAAUAGUCCAGAGGAUGUGAAUGCUGUCCUAGAUCAUCUGGGCAUAUCAUAUGGAGACCAGUUCUACAACCUUAUUGUGGACAGCGGCUCAAAGACUAAGGUGCCAGGGCAUAUACCAGUGAGAUCCACAUUAAGACAUGUCCUUACACAUUGUGUGGAUUUGAGGGGAGUCUUAAAAAAGCUUUUUCUUCUGGCUAUAUCAAAGCACACCAAAUGUGACACUGAAAGAAAAACUCUAGAAUAUCUAUGCAGCAAGGAAGGUGCAGCGGCAUACACAAAACAUAUAUUGAACAGGGGAAUAUGCAUCUUAGACAUAUUUACAAUUUUCAGAACAUGCCGUCCACCCAUUCAUAUACUACUCGCAAACUUAUCCAGAUUACUACCACGGCCAUAUUCCAUAGUGAACAGUGGACUGAAAGAUUCAAAUACACUGAAAGUAUGCUUUUCAGUUAUGGAAUCCUAUAACAACAGAAAAGGACUUACAACUGGCUGGUUGGAAUCACAAAUUAUAAAUGAUACAUUUGAAAAUAGAAUGGAAAAUCUAAGUAUAACAAAUGACAGUCUGGACAGGGUCCCUAUCUAUGUAAGGAAGAAUAUGGCAGAAUAUUCUUUGCCAUGUAAUAUUGAAACUCCCCUAUUACUGAUAGCUACUGGUACUGGUAUAGCACCAUUUAUAGGUUUCUUAGAAGAGAGAGAGUUUUUGAAAUCAGAAAAUAGUAAAAUGGGGGAGGUGUGGCUCUUCUUCGGUUGUAGAGAUCCCAAUUUGGAUUAUUUAUAUCAAGAAGUACUGGAACAGUAUGAAGAUAACUUGACUUUGACAAAACUUGUAACAGCAUUCUCUAGGAUACAAAGUGAGCAAGCUAGACAUGUUCAGGAUGCUUUAAAUGAGAAUGGUAAAGAUGUAGCAAGAUUGAUAGAGCAAGGAGCAUCUGUGUAUGUAUGCGGAGAAGCCAAAACUAUGGUUGCUCAAGUCAAAGAGUGUAUAACUAGCUACUUAGUUGAAUACAAUAGUAAAACUCAUGAUGACGCCAAGCAGUGUAUAUCUCAGAUGGAAAAGGCCAAACGAUAUCUGGUUGAUCUGUGGAGUUAGUGCAAUAAUUAAUAAUUUUGAUACUUUUUGUAUAGUAAUUUAUUUAAAUUAUAUAUUUAUUUAAUA